AGCUGGGACCCUUCUGGAUUCAGCGCAGCAGGCAACACCAAGUAUUGAUACAGAAAAGAAACACUCGGUCUUUCGGCCUCUGAGGCCAAUCACGAUGCUCCCGAUCUUCAGCUUCUUGAGCAGUGCAGUUAAGCGUGAGUAUGACAUUGAGAGCAAGACUAUUGGACAAGGGAAGUUUGCAAAGGUUUACAAAGCUAGACAUAAGGCAUCAGGCAAUGAGGUGGCUAUCAAAGUGAUCUCCAAGGACAAAUGCAAGAAAGAUGAGGAUCUCAAGAGGCUCCAAGAAGAGAUUGAGAUUAUGAAGAAAGUGAAACACCCCCAUUGCAUUCAGUUUCUAGAAAUGUUCGAUUCAAACAGCAAGCUGUACAUUGUUAUGGAGCUGGUCACCGGUGGGGAACUGUUUGAUCGCAUAAUAGCGAAGGAGAAAUACUCUGAAAAGGAUGCCGCACAUGUCUUCAUUCAAAUCGUCAAGGCUGUCGACUACCUCCAUAGCAUCGGGAUCGUGCACAGGGACAUUAAGCCUGAAAAUGUUCUCUAUGCGAACAUGAGAGAGGACUCUCCUAUCAAGUUGGCAGAUUUUGGCCUGGGGAAAAUCAUUGAUAUUCACGAGCAUGACAAAGUUAAGACGAUGACAACAUUGUGCGGAACUCCAAGUUACUUGGCACCAGAAGUUAUCAUGCGAAAGGGAUAUGGCAUGGAGUGCGAUAUUUGGAGCACUGGUGUGAUUUUGUAUAUUUUGUUAAGCGGCAUGCCGCCGUUUGACCAAACAUCUCCGCCAGCGGUCCUUUUCAGCCAUAUCACAAAGGCCCGCUAUUCAUUUCCGGAUGCGUUUUGGAGUGGAGUCUCUGCGCAAGCAAAAGACUUGAUCAGAAAUAUGAUGCACGUAGAUCCCAAGAAACGAUUCACUCCUGCACAGGUUUUUCAACAUUCCUGGAUGAAAGCAUACAAAGAAGACGAGCUGCCAACUGAACAGCUCGGUGGAGAUGCUGGAAAUGUGCAGGAACGAUUGCAAGAAUUGCAGGUUGCGUCUCGACGAUUGAAGGGAGCUGUGAACACCUUUGCUGCUCUCCUCCGCAUGUCGCGUCCCUUGGCUUCGUUUCCUGAUGAAGGGGAACGGAAAUCUAUUCUAGAAUCGGUCAAAUCCGAUCCGAUCCGGCUGGAGGUUCUGAAGGAAUCCUUUGAUAUGUUGGACCGUGAUCACACCGGUUUCAUCGAUCUGACAAACCUGACCGAGAGUCUGCGAGCGUUGGGGAUUGAUAGGUCGGAGAAGCAAAUCAAAGAUAUGAUGGAUCAUUUUGACGUGCUUCGAAAUGGGACCAUCUCUUUCGACGAGUAUUGCAUGAUGAUGGGGCCUGGGCAUUAUAAUGAGCAUGGAUACUCAAAAUCGAUGGAGAACGAGCUCCGUUCCAUCUUCCAUGCGUUCGACUUGCAACGCACCGGAUCCAUCAACGGUAGAGAGCUUCGAGAGAUCCUGCACCGACUGGGAACGGACUUGAGCGAUUCCGAGCUUGACGCGAUGGUGAGCUCUGCCGAUCGAAACAAAGAUGGGGUCAUCGACUGGGAUGAGUUCAAGCAUUUCAUGUUGUCACAAGUUUACGCGAAUGGGUGAAGAAUGAGGAUGGCGCGGAACUGAGACGUCUAUCUUCUGACCGCACUACGGCACCAUUUUCCACUCGGAGUGCUACUAGGCCGCCGGGCUGCGAUCGCCGAAGGGGCGUCACAUUCCAUUUUCAGUGUUUUUCCUCUUGUUUCUAUACAACUUUUAAUGGAAAUGAAUUUCCAAGACUUC